AUUGAUACAUGUUGUAGUGGUCAGCCCGACGGAGUUUUUUUUUUUCUUCAAAUAGAACUUUUGACAGAAGAGUACAGUCACUAAGUCGGAUGUUCCUCCUGUAGCCUAAUGAGAUGCCGGUGAUCCUGACUCCUUCUGCCCUUCUGACCAGCCUGAUCCAUCUUGAUUCUCUACUUACACUUGGAGCCUCCUUCAUAAAAUCAGCUGGAAGCUGGUGGGAGACCGAGGAGAUGUAACAUCAGAAUUCUGGGGGUGGCGGAAGCUAAUGGAUCCAGCUCUACAACAUCAGUCUCGGAACUACUGAGAGAAAUAUUACAGCUGGAUAGAGAUGUGCUUGUGGACCGCUCUCACAGAAGGCUGGGUCCUGUGAGGAAGGAUGGGAAACCACGCGCCAUCAUAGCCAAACUUCACUACUACCAGGACCGCGUUGAGGUACUGAGCUGGGCGCGCUCUCGAACGCCGCUCCCGCGUAACGGUGAGACGAUUGCUAUCUUUCCGGAUUAUACCGCAAGUGUCGCUAAGGCCAGGGCGGCCUUCAAUGAGGUCAGGAAGUUGCUCCGUAACCGGCAGGGAGUUCGGUAUGGCAUCCUGUUUCCAGCCCGUCUCUGUAUUACGUUCAACGGAGAGGAAAAGGAGUUCAUAGAUGCAAGCAAAGCCAUGAGCUACGUCAGGAAGAAUAUCAUUACUACUGUAGAGGGCUGAGUGAGUAACAUUGCCCUGGCUAAUUCAUCGUCUCUGAACUUUGACUGGACGAUAACUGUUUGAUCAGACUUUUACUGUAAUAAGGAGGAUGAUCGUCACCGCGGUCCUAUUUUCUGUUAUAUACGCUAUGAUAGGGUGUAUGUUCUACACUAGCUUUGUUUUUUUUGUUUUUUUUUUAGUUUAUUUUCAUACCAGGGGUUCGGUGGGAGCUUGAGCAGUAGGCUCUAUAGAGUUCCUCCACACAAGCACUGAAUGUGCGAAUUUGUUUCGGGUGGGUACAGUGAGCACCAUGGGUUUGGGGUUGGGGUUACGGGAGGGUGUGCCAGACUUUGUUGUUUAGAGUGUUUAAUUUGCCAGACAUCUGUGUUGUGGUCUAUCUGCUUUCAUUCUAGGUUCCCUGUAGGGCUCAGAUAUCUGACCUUUUUUUUCUCUCGUAAUGACUGACUUCAGUAUUCCCCGAGGGUCGGAUGGUAGUAUGGUUAAUUUCGUGAGCUGGAAUGUUAAGGCACUUAAUCAUCCUUUAAAGUGAAAGAAGGUAUUUACACAUCUGAAACGGCUUAAUAGAAAUAUUGCAUUUCUUCAGGAGACACAUCUACGGUCAUCAGACCAUUCUAGACUAGGAGGGGAGUGGUCAGGACAGAUCUUUCAUUCAAAUUUCCAUUCGAAGGCUAGGGUGGCAGCUAUAUUAAUUGAUAGAAAUACAUCAUUUACGAUGACGAGUGUGGAAGCUGACCCCACUGGGCGCUAUGUUAUUGUCGUAGGGCAAAUUGAUACGUUUCCGGUAUAUUUUGGCCAUUUCAGAGCUGAAAUGGGCUUCAUGUUCACUGACUUGAACUGUAGUGAGUGACAGGGCCAAAUCCGUCUGUGACUCGCUUGCCAAGCGUGAUGAAAAACUAUAGCUGGGACACCAACUACAGCCUACAAAACAGUCAACAACAACAAAAAAAGAUUUCAGUUAAACAGAAAGCUUAUUUGGAAGGUUAUUUGGAAGUUGUCUGACAGGACUGGCCUAAUCUUAGCCUUAUAUUGGGCUUAACAAUUACACAGUGUAUGCUAAUUUACACCACAAACCCAAUUUGCUAGCAAACUAGGCUAUUAAGAAAACCACUCCUGAUUGAAUAAAAACAGGAUUAAAAAAAAAAAAAAAAUUAGGAUAAAAAUGCGAAGACUGGGGAAAUAUUUACCAAAAAUAAAUAAAUAAACAAAAUAAAAAUAUUUUAUGAUGGUUUUGGAGUCACACACUUGUGAUUGGCUGUGUUGUUAGGGGGAUGUGUGCAACCAUACAGCCUCAGGCGCAUAGUAUAACGGAAAUAUAGGCUACGUGCUCGGUUUACGGUAAGCGACGGUUCAUUUAUUUUGAUUUUUUAUUAUUAUUAUUAUUAUUUUGUAAUCUGUUGACGGUGAUGUAUUUUUUUUUUUAAACAACCCUUAUAAGGAAAUCGAAAGUAGUGAUGCUGAAACAGUGCACGCGAUCAGAGGAAGACGGCGGAAAUCUAUAGGUGCACCCUUUUAUUUCCUCCGGUGGAUAAAAUCCGAACGACCAUCCACCCUUUCAUCUCAUCCAUCAUCCACCUUUCCAUCAUCCGCCCUUCCAUCAUCCACCCAGUUGUCCGUUGUUUCAAGCAAACUGCUAUUCACCAAAGAGAGAAAUGAAGCAAAAUCUUGCAGACAGCAGUGGAAAGCAUGAUGUCUCUGAGCCAGGUAUUUCUUUCCAAAGUUAUAUGCAUGGUGGGAUGUCCAGCCUGACCUGCACCGUCAUCACUUUCCCCAUGUACAAAACUGUGUUUCGCCAGCAGUUGCACAACACACUGAUCCGUGAGGCUGUGGUGCAGCUAUAUGAGGAAGGGCUACUGAAACUUUACCGUGGAGUUGUGCCACCCUUGCUGAUGAAGACUCUUCAGGGAACCAUUUUGUUUGGCUUCCAGAACACUCUCCUGCAGAAGCUAUCCCCAAUGGCUGAAUCAUAUUUUCCCAGGGCAAUGCUUCCCGCCCUGGCCGGGCUCGGGACAGGGUUAGUGGAGUGUUUUUUUUUUACCCCUUUCGAGCGCGUACAGAGUAUCUUACAAAACAGUGGCAACGACCGCAACCUUCCCACUCUCAGCAAAAUUGUGGGCCGGAUGAGGUCUGAAACGUUAGCGAAUGGAUGGUACAGAGCUUUUUUACCUACUCUUACUCGUAACGCAUUAGGGAGCAGUCUUUACUUUGGCCUGAAGGAUCCGCUGUCCAGAUUGUUACGUGAGCAAGAUUGUCCCCCCGUAGCCUCAUCUUUUGUCUCAGGGAUGGUCAGUUCCUUUGUGAUCAGCUUGCCCUUGUAUCCACUGUCAGUGUUGGUGGCCAAUAUGCAAGCCCAGGUCGGUGGAGACAACUUGGGGGUGAGGGCCAGCUGGCAUCAGCUGUGGCAGAAACGACAGCGAAGUCUGGUAUUGCUAUACCGUGGAGGAUCGCUGGUCAUCCUGCGCUCCUGCAUCUCCUGGGGCAUCACCACUGCAAUAUACGACCAGCUAACAAAACGCUCAGGCUGAGGACCACUAUCAGCACUUCUCCUCUGGAAGGUGGAUAUAUCGCAUAUGUGAAAAGAUUUAUUUAACCACUAAAACCAUUUCUGGCAGCAUUUUCUCUUUUUUUUUUCUUUCCCGAAAGUGUCAUUGCUAACAAUAGCUGAAUUCUACUCUUAAAUGAGUAACAGAGCUGAUUGUUGGCAUAGAAUUUGCAAAUACUCAACACGUGUUGAACUAGCAUCCAUACUAAGGACAUUAAGGACAUCCCAAUGAUUAACUUAGUGUAUUUUUUACAUUUUUAUUAAUCAUUCACUUUCACUUUGUAAUUUGAGUAUCAGAGUUGCACCUUCAAAGUGACCUUGCCAGUCAGUAUCACAGUAUCAUUUAAAAUGAAUUUUAAAAAAAAUAGAACGUACAGUUUUUCAUGAUCUUAAUGAGAUUUGGAUGAUGCAACUUCCUGCUGAACAUGGGACUUGUGGAAUGUUUCUCACGCAUGAGGUUUAAACGUAUUCACAUAUUAUGCAUUACAGUAUUUUGAUGUGUGGUUAAGAGACGUUACAGUGGACUGGGACAAGCAAUAGUGCUGUUUUCUAAACUCUGUAGAGAGGUUUGAAUUUAUUUAUCUGAAACAUGCACAUAAGCUGUUGUGAAGGACGCUUUACUUCUGGUUAAAAUGUAUUUUACCUUUGUUUUAUAACCCCAAUUAUGAAGAAAUUGGGACGGUAUGGGCUCGGGAAUACUUUGGUAAACCUUUGUCAGUCGACACUAUUCGCCGCUGCAUCCACAGUUGCAAGUUAAGGCUUUACCACGCAAAGCAGAAGCCGUACAUCAACACUGUCCAGAAGCACCGCCGACUUCUCUGGGCUCGGUCUCAUCUGAGAUGGACGGUAGUGCAGUGGAAUCGUGUUUUGUCGUCCGAAGAGUCGACAUUUCAAAUAGUUUUUGGACAAAACAGCCUUCGUGUUCUCCGGGCCAAAGAGGGAAAGGACCAUCCGAGCUGUUAUCAUCAUCAGGUCCAAAAGCCAGCAUCUGUCAUGAUAUGUGAGUGUCAGUGCACAUGGGAUGGGUAACUUGCACAUCUGUGAGGGCAGCGUUAAUGCAGAAAGAUACGUACACAGUUUGGACCAACAUAAUCUGCCAUCCAGAGCAGGACAACGUCAAACCACAUUCUGCCCGGAUUACAAUCGAAUGAUCGCGUAAGCAGAGAGUUCGGGUGCUAGCAUGGCCUGCUGCAAUCCUGACCCGUCUCCCAUUGAGAACGUACGGCGCAUUAUGAAGCGCAAAAUAAGAGGACGAAGGCCCCGUACACUCGCGCAGCUGAAGAAACGCAUAAUGGAUGAACGGUGGAAAUUUCCACUCGCUAAACUUAACGAACUGGUGUCUUCACUCUGCGUCCAAACACUUAAUAAGGGUCAUUAAAAUACAAGGUGAUGUUACACAGCGGUAAACAGUAAAUCAAUUCACAAAGUAAGAUCAAAUAAUGUCUUUUCAAUAUAGUAUAGGGUGAAUUGAAUUUUCAAAUGACCCUUUUUUUUUUUUUUGCGCAUUUUCUAUACUGUCCCAACGUUUUCGUAAUUGUGGUUGUACAUUCAUAUUUGGAAAUUAUUAUUAUCAGUAUGACACAAAUGGCCCAGAUUGUGUAAUCAUCCUAUCAUUGAUGAUAUUGAUGAUUAACUAUAUUGCUUAACCACCAAAUUACAGUGCAUUGGACCAACAUCCUCAGGUGUUCCUGAUGUUAUAAGGUGAAGUAAAUUUAUAAAACGGUGCCUAAUAGGCAACGGUGCAGUCAGUAUUUGUGUGCACAAUAUUUUAUAUGCUUUACAUGAUUCCCUGCUCACCUGUAUGUAUAAAGUCUUCUAUCUCAGGGUUGCAAACUAUUGUACUAUUGUACUUUACUUAGAAGACCAGAAUAUAAUCUCAUAUACUAUUACUCUAAUUAUAAUCCUGUAAGAAUUGUGGCUUGGUGGUUAAGUCUCUGGGUUACUGAUCGGAAGGUUGUGAGUUCAAGCCCCAGCACUGCCUAGCUGGCACUAUUGGGCCCUCGAGCAAGGCCCUUAACCCUCUCUGCUCCAGGGGCGCUGUAUAAUGGCUGACCCUGCACUCUGACCUCAACUUCCUGACAUGCUGGGGUAUGUGAAGAAAUGAAAUUCACUCUGCUGCAAUGUAUAUGUGACCAUUAAAGACUCAUUAUCAUUAUCUACUGUAGGCUUUGCAAAAGAAGAGAGGGAUAGACAGACAGACAGACAGGGAGAGGGAGAGAGACACAGAGAAGAAAGAAGAAGAAGAAAAAAAAGAGUGUGUCAAGAUUAUAUUAAGCGAAUAAUCACCUAAUGCCCAUCUGACUGAUUUCAGGUGCUCACUUCUUGUCAAUCUUGGAUAAUCUUGCUCAAAUAAAAGAUAGAAAUGUAUUUUUUGUGUUUAGCUUCGUCUUAUCUGGCUGAGAUGAGCUGUUAGCUUUGAAUCACUGUUUUCUUUUUCAAUUAGAAUAGGUGCAUCACAAUUUCCCUUGAAGCUCCACACCAGCCACUGAAACAAAAAUCUCUGGUCUUAGUGACAGCCGUUGUUUUUCUGUGCUCCCCUGUGGUAUUUACAGACCAUGUCUUGUUCUCUCUCUGUGUGUCUCUCUCUCUCUGUCUGUCUGUCUGUCUGUCUGUCUGUCUCUUUCUCCCUCUUUCUCUCACUGUCUCACCCUCUCUUUCUCUGUCUCUCUCUCUCCCUCUCUAUCUGUCUCUCCCUCUCUCUGUCUGUCUAUCCCUCUAUCUCUGUCUCUCUCUCUCUCCCUCCCUCUCUGUCUCUCCCUCUCUCUCACUCCCCGCUCUCUCUCUCUCUCUCUCUC